UCGCAGGCUUCCAGAAGAACAAAAGAUGCUCGGUUAAAAGGCCAAUGAGUGUGACCGAAAUACUGUCGGGAAAUGCCGAGAGUAUCUCUCUGUGAAUGAGAGGAUGGGCGAUAAGACGCUCUCUUUCACUCGGAUAUCUCUAUCGCGCGCACCACGGAAUUAAAACUCGCAUACACAAAAUAGAGAGUCCACAGAGAGACAGUUUCAGUUUGCAUCUUGUGCCUAACACACGAGCUCAUCUCCAGAGUUUUCCCAGCGCGCUGUGAACUCCUUUGUCGGUGGUGGAUUUAUCAGAGGACAAGAAAAAAAGGAUUACUUCAGGACUCAAUCGAUAGAGAUAUUAUGUGGCGUCGUUUGAUAAUAUUAGUCAUUAUCUUCACAAUCUGUGUUCUGGCUUUCAGCGGCCUCGAGGCGUGUGAAUUGGAUCAGACGCAGUACGGAUGUCGAAUUGAUAACCGCCAGUGCACUUGUGCCUACGGAUGUCGCUCGGAGUUCCGCUACUUGACCCGGAAGGAGUGCCAGGACGCCCUGAAGGGACGCUCAGGUGAUAUUUGCAGCGCCAAUAAUCCCUGCCUCAACCGCGGCGCCUGCAUUCAAGUGUCGCAAAUGCCCGGCUACAAGUGUCGCUGCGAGGGCACCGGCUAUUGGGGCAAUCGAUGUCAGCUCGCCUGCCCGGAAGCCCGGCACGCCAAUUUCCCCUACGAGUGCAUCGUGAUCUGAUUCAGCGACAGCGCACGACGAUCGUCUCAACUUACACUUAUUUAUGAACAACAAGAAAUAAAUGAUGAUAUUUUCAACGCCA